GUGGCAGCUCGGCUUCGGCUCUAGAGGCGAGGGAAACAGUGCAAUCUUUUCUUCCACCUUGCACGGCCCAGCCUGUGCCGUUUAGCUGAGUACGAGUUGCAAGGCAGCGAUCAAAUAAGCCAGUGAGAUAGCAUGCAGGAUGCAAAUCGAGACUAGGGAAUAAAAGCAGGACGAAUUGCCAAGACGUACGAAAUCUCGGCAAGAAGUCCGCGUACCUGUGCUGUCGCGAGCUGCAUAAGCAAGCAUGUUAGCGCAUGAAACAACGCCAGGACAGACUGCUUCCACGGCAGCUUUGGCAGCGUCGAUGACUUCAAAACCUGCCAGCUUUUCGUUGACAUGAGAUGUUUUCUCCGUUUCAGGCCCGUCGAGCAGUACAGAACCAUCGCACCCCUGCGAAACAUGCAAUCCAUGAGCAACUUGCAAAAUUUUGAAAUCCUCGAAAAUUCUGACGUUCAUUGGCAGAUGCAGGUUCUGAGGAUCUCUCGCGACUGAGGACAAGCGAGAAGAAGCUUCAUGAAGAAAAUUCAACUCCAGCAACUGAAACCUCGAUCUUCCGAUCUUCCAAGCAGCUCAUGGACUGGAUCCCCGUGGGAUCGUAGAAAAGUGUCUACGAACACUUUUCUGGCUUACCUCAACGAAGCAGUCAUGGAAAUGCAUACGAAGGACACCAGCUGCAUGCUUGAGGUUCUUGGCGAGUUCAGCCUCAAACGGCCUUCUUUAUGAGCUUCUCUGCGUCCUUGCAUGAAUUCCUGUAGUAGUUGUCUCUCAAUCCCACGAACCCGUUGUCACCAGGACCCGUUGUUUCCACCGCCACUCCAGAGAAGGUAAAUAGAGCAAGUAAAAGAAGAGACCUGAAUUGUGCCAUCGUGUAAUCUCUAUUUUUUGCUUCAGACCGUACGUACACGUUUUGGUCGACUGAUAAAAGUAAUGUCAAUAUCUUACGUGCAUGGAGUAUCUUGUGGACUGUCAGCAAAGAAACGGAGGAAAUUUGUAGUUGACUUUUAAAUAGAAGAGGAGCCAGAGAAACCGCUCUCCCUGUCCCUCAGAUCAAAGGUUUGAUCUGAUAGGAACUGGUAAGACAAGCUGAGCUGAGGUUUGCUUCUGGAGCAUGUUUCUACGGGAUUUAUAACCUUUUGGUCAGAUCUGGUACUGAAUCCACUGAGAUAGAUCAUGGGUAUGGAUCACACUCAGAGGGAAUGGAAUAAAUGGAUUACAAUAUAAAUUAUGUAGAUGGUCCAUGCGGCUGAAAGUCCACGACAUGGAGUACCGCUGUAAUACUCAUGGGAGUUUAUCUUUCCAUUUUUUGGACAUAAAAGCCGUC